ACACACACACAGGCACACGAACACACGUAUACGCACACAUGCGGACACUCACUCUCGCGCUUAAAUGAAAAAGUAGCCUACCCACCGCAUUUGCGCUUGCGUCAUUUCCUUUGCCAAGACGGUGUUUGCGCGAGCGAGUUAGAAAUGUCGAUCGUCAUAGGAACCUCCUCGCCGGUGACCUCGGAGCUGGUCGCGAGACGCCGAGUCCUCCGGGAGACGCGCAGGUGAAUCCAUCCGCUCCGUCUCCUCUCCACGUCACCCCUCGUUACCGUCCCGGAUCUAAAGACAGACAGGUUUCUGGACACCGUUUGACCGUUUUUUUUGUGGUCAGGAGAAAAGGUAUGUUGAGUAUGUUUGUGCCUGUUUGUUCCUGGAUGAGCUGAAACUUUCUCAGAUGAACUAAACACACCGAUCACCUUGGAUCAAUAUUUAUCACCGAGUUUACCUGAACAAUAUUCACACGUGUUUUUCCUUGUUUUUAUUACAUUCAAAAGGGAUUCCCAGCUUGAAAAACAUCAUUUCUUUGGGGCACUGUUUAAUUAUUAUUUCCUCAUUGAAUAAUGAAUCACCGCGGGGAUAACAACGGCAGGACGCGCUACCCGAGCCGGACCCCUGCUCCUCUGUCUCUGUCCUGCCAACGUGACGAGGGCGCAGUGAGUCUCGCGGUGCUGUAGGAUGAGCGCAGAACUGGAGCGCGUUUCACUCAACACGUCGGUGACCUCGAGCGGCUCGGGCGACCGCAAGCUGUCGGCCAACGUCCGCCGGCUCCACCGCGCGCUCAACCUGCUGCUCAGCGACCCCGAGAGGGAGCGGUUCAUCCACUGUCUCAACGUGUACCACGCCAAGCGCAACGUGUGCGACCUGGUGCACACCCUGCGCGUGAUCCUCGACACGGACACCAAGCGUCAACUGCUGCCCAUGUUGCGCCUGGUCAUCCCGCGCUCCGACCAGCUGCUCUUCGACCAGUACACCUCGGAGGGCUUGUACCUGAAAACCGACCUGGGUCUGUUUCAGAGCAACAGUCCAACCAACAACAUUGAAGCGCUUUUGGAAAGCGCUGGUCGUGGUGACAACGCGGGACUCCUCGAACAUCCUGACGCGCAGUGUGGCGGCUCCGGAUGUCCCGAUGGCUUCAGCACCGCGGUUGACGGAACAGCUCCCGGCGCGUCUCCAGAGACGGCGCCCGGGACAGCGACCGGUACCGCUCCAGGGGGCCAGACCCUCGGCAGCAGCUUUUUCCUGGACUCGCCGUUCGGGGAGAUCCGUCAGGUAUCCCUGAGACGGAGCAAGAGCCACGAGGGUCUGGGGUUCAGCAUCCGCGGCGGGUCGGAGCACGGAGUGGGGAUUUACGUGUCUCUCGUUGAGCCGGGCUCGUCCGCCGAGCGCGAGGGGCUGAGAAUCGGCGACCAGAUAGUGGCCGUCAACGACGUGGUGUUCGACCGAGUCACUCACAUAGAUGCUGUCAAGGUGCUGAAAGGGAGCAAGACGCUGGCCAUGUCCGUGUGCUCGGUGGGUCGUGUCCCCGGGGGCUACAUCACCAACCACAUCUACAGCUGGGUGGACCCCCAGGGUCGCUGCGUGUCUCCCCCUCCGCCCCCCGACCAGCCGGACCCCAGCCCGGGGCCCGACGGCACCAGGCCCCCCCGCAGCGCGGAGGAGAGGACGGUGACCUUGAACAUGGAUGAUGGCCGCUCCCUGGGCCUGAUGAUCCGUGGCGGGGCGGAGUACGGCCUGGGGAUCUUCAUCACGGGGGUGGACCCGGGCUCUGCUGCGGACGCCGGGGAACUGAAGGUGGGCGAUCAGAUCCUUGAGGUGAACGGGCGGGGCUUCGUGGCCAUCUCCCACGACGAGGCGGUCCACAUCCUGAAGACGUGCGUCCGUCUGCGCGUCCGGGUGCGCGCCGUCGGACGCCUGCCGCACGCGCGUACCGCCGUCGACCACACCCGCUGGAUCAGCAACCCCGCCGCCGCCGAGGGCCCCGACGCCGUCGCCAUGACAACUGCUGCCGCUAUGACAGUAGCCAACAGCGGCGGACGGAGCCCCGACGUCAUCGCCGGCGCGGGCGGUUCCGGCCCCGCCCCGUUGGUCCGACCCACCUCGGCCCAGAGCACCGCAGCACUAGCGAAGCCCUCAGCGUGUAGGGCUCUGGGGCCCCCGGGUCCCCAGGUGAGUCUGGAGCAGCAGGCCUACCUCCUCCUGACGGACCUGGAGAGACAGACCAUGGCCUACUACCUCCAGGAGUACCACAAUGGACACAUAGGGGUGGAGCCGCUCACCAUGGCCCUGUUUGAGCUCUUCAACACUCACGCAAAGUUGUCCAUGAUGUCGGAGGUGCGGUCGCUGGUGGCUCCCCAGGAUCUGGAGGUCUACGACGGGCAUGUAUUGCGCCGCGAGCGGGAGGCUCACAGGGCCUGGCAUGGAGGCCUUGGGUCUUUCCACCCACAGGCCCACUAUGGCCUUGCGACCAACGACGGACAUGUCCACUUCUCCAAGAGCGAUUGCUCUGAGGAGGGUAAGAUGGAGCACAGUGAGGCAGCGUGUUUGAUGGCCCUGCAGGAUGUGGUGCUGGAAGAGGUGCGGCCCUCGUCUGCCUCUCCUCCAUGCCAGCACCAGUCUUCAGUGGGCCACGCCCCCCAGGAGCGGGGCCACGCCCCCAAAGAGCGGGGCCACGCCCCCCAGGAGCGAGGCCUCACCAGACGACCCUCUACCCGUCCGGCCCGGCCGGGCUCCGCCUCCAGCAUGCUAUUCAAGGGCCCCACGCGACUCCUCCAGGACUGCCUCCAACGGUCCCUUAAGGCCCUUCCCUCCCACACCCCAGCCCCAGCCCCCGCCCCGGCCCCCACCCCCGCCCCCCAGCAGUCUCCGUCGGCAACGGUGGGCGAGCCGUCCCGCUGCGUCUGCCCCGGUCCUGGCCCGACCCGGCUCCAACCGGACCCCGCUCCCCAGGGCUCCCUCCCGGCCCACACCCGGCACAGCAACCCCCAGCUCCACCUCGCCUCAGAGCUGGACCAGCACCAGCUUCAGCACCUCUACCUCUACCACCACCACCACCACCCCCACGCCCACCACCACUUCCCCUACCCCUCGGCCCCGUACCAGGCGGGGCCCGACGCGGGGGUCCACACCUGCCCGGGGUUCCUGUACCGCCGGGACCCCUCCGGCUCCCCCGGCACGGAGGCCAUGGCGCCCGCUACACAGAGGUCCGCGUCCUACGAGCCGUUGUCCAACUCCUCCUCCUCCUGCGUCCUCCAGACCAGGUCCGCGUCCUCGUCCAAAACGGUGUCUCCGAUGCCGUCCCCCCGGCCCUCGCCCCACCUCUCCCCCUGCCCGUCCCCUUGCCCCUCGGUGGUCAUGGCCACCCCGCCCCCUUGCAGCCCGGACCGGUCCUGCUCCCCGGCCCUCCUGCAGAGGGGGUCUGCCACCGCCGUCGACGCCAACCUGCUGUCAGCUGAGUGCCGGCCCCAGCAGAGAGGCGCCACGCUGUCUCAGCUGUGGGACAGCGGGCAGACGCUGAGCGAGGACAGCGGCGUGGACAUCGCCGAGGCCGGGGGGGUUAGUAAGGACGGGAGCCCCCGACCCUGUAAGAGCCAGCCGGGACCAGCGCCAGGGGAGAGGCACCAGGGGAACCAGGGACCCCCGACCAACGGCCCCAACUCCCUGCACGCCCCCACACAGAGUGGGUCGGUGGUCUCUCUGCUGGCCCCCUCCACCCUAGUUCGCGUGAUGAAGAACACCAGCACCCUCGGAAUUGCCAUUGAGGGCGGAGCCAACACACGGCAACCGUUGCCACGCAUCGUCACCAUACAGAAGGGAGGCUCCGCCCACAGUGGCGGCCAGCUGCGGGUGGGUCACGUGAUCCUGGAGGUGAACGGCGUGUCGAUGCGUGGCCGCGAGCACCGGGACGCGGCGCGGGUCAUCGCCGAGGCCUUCAAGAACAAAGACUCAGACCACCUCGACUUCCUGGUGGCAGACCCCGACGUCUAGCCGCUCACGCUCAUUAAAGAAAAGAAAAAAAACUAAAACUAAAAAUAUUACAAACUUGAUACAAUACCAACAUUCUAGGGGUUAAAGGGUAAAGGAAAGUUUAG